AUUGGCCGGCUGUGAGACAUGGGCGGGGCCGGGUGUCUGCUGUGAGCGGUGACAGCUCGGUGUCUCCCCAGUUUAGCGCUGCUUCCUGGUCGGACAUUAUGGCGGUGACCCGGCUGCUGGAGUGGGUGUUCUUCUUUUACUUCUUCUCCCAUAUUCCCAUCACCCUGCUGGUGGAUCUACAGGCCGUGCUCCCCGACAGCUGGUUCCCGCAGCAGCUGCUGGACUUGAUGAAAUGGUACUGUGUCACCUUUAAAGACCAUCUGAUGCUGGACCCCCCUCCCUGGUUUAAGAGUUUUGUAUACUGUGAAGCCAUUUUGCAGUUACCGUUCUUCCCCGUGGCUGCGUAUGCUUUCCUUAAAGGGGGAUGUCGCUGGAUCAGGAUUCCUGCCAUUGUCUAUUCCUCUCAUGUAGCUACUACAGUGUUGGCCAUUCUUGCCCAUCUUCUUUAUGGUGAUUUCCCAAAAACAAGCCAAGUAGAUUCUCCAACCCAGCAGGAUCGUUUGACUCUAGUAUCUGUAUACGCCCCAUACUUGGUGAUUCCUGUUCUCAUCCUGCUCACCAUGUUGUUUAGUCCUCGGUAUAAUAAAGAAGAAAAGAGGAAGAGGAAGUAAACAUAAUGAAAGGCCGCAAGAUUUUAUAUGUCUUAAAACAACCUAAUUUUAGAGAAUCAUGGACAUUGAUGAUGUAAGAGAUCCAAGGUAUUGUCUGUGAAAAGAAAAGUGUGUUGGGUGUCAAAAAGUAUAAUAAAGCAACUUAAUAGAUUUUCAAUAUCAGCUGUGCUGUCUGCUUUGUAAGCUGUGACUUGACAUCACAGGCUCUGAAUGCUGAGAGCUUCAUUGCUCCUACCCCCUCCACUCCUGUCAGCACGGGAAGAGACCAUUGAUGUAAAGAGGGGAGCUGGUUGUAAUCAUUAGAUUUAUGACUAAUUAGAUAAGGCAGCAGGAAGCCUUUCUCUGUCACAGUAAUUUCUUUCAGAAUGGGUUUCCUGCUGCCUUAUCUACUGAGUCCUAAAUCUAAUGAGCUGUAAUACUAGCUCCCCUUCAUAUCACUGGUCUAGUCCUGUGCUGACAUUAAGGAAGGAGCUCUCUGCAUUCAGAAUGACGUGACAUCAAAGCUUACAGGGGAACAGGGGAAGACACCACAGCUGAUAUAAAAGACUAAUAACAUUAGUAAGUUGCUAUAUUAUAAUGCUUGACACCAUACAAAAGUAGUUUUUUUCCCCAGACAACCCCUUUAAUUUUUCAUUCCUUUUUUUUUUUUUUUUUAUUGGACCAAUGUAAAAUAAGAAAUUGUCACACACGAUUCUGUCUGUGCUUAAGAGGAUGAUUUGUAAGUAGACAGAAUUAUCUAUUACAACAAAGUAUGGAAUCCCUUUGUCAAUCUAAGCCUUUAAUCAUAGCCUUCCUGUUUUGUUGUAAGCCAAUUCAAUUAUUAGCACGCAAUAUAAAAUGUUUGCAUAGAACUGUAUUACAGCCAUCUGACACCAUGACCAGAGGCUGUCAGUAAAUGAUAGGAAUGAAGUGUAGUUUAAUAAGAUAAUGGGAAUAGUCUUACUUUUUUUUUUUUUUGCUGUUUGUUUUUUACCUGUGUCAAAGUCUUAUUGCAGUAGGAUAACAGGUGAAGGACUGAGAUAACAGUUAAGUAAUCUCUGAUAAUAAGCAAUGAUUGUUUAGUCUCACACUUAUAUUAUCACUAAGGCUUUGUUCACACAUAGAACAUAUAUGGGCCAAAAACUGGAAAGGAUUGCAAACAAUGAUUCAAGGAACAUGAAUGUUGCCCUCUUUCUUAUUUAUGUUAUUGUUAAAGUGGGAUCUUCUCUUUCCUGCCUGCAGAGUCAAUGUAAAUGUUUAGAAACCUCUGAACCCAUCAGAGAAGGGAGAUGCAGCUGCAGUUUAUGUCUGUGUAGCUGUAUGCUGUGAGAGGGGAGAGAAAGCAGAGGCGUGCUUAUAGACGCAAUUCAUCCCCAAGGGAAUGGGUUUACCAGAGAAAGUUUUCCUUAACAUCUUUGUAAGAUAAUGGGGGAGAUUUAUCAAAUCCUAUGCAGAGGAAAAGUUGACCAGGUGCCCAUAGCAACCAAUCAGAUCGCUUCUUUUAUUUUUCACAGGCCUUUUAAUAAAUUAAAGAAGCAAUCUGAUUGGUUGCUAUGGGCAACUGGUCCACUUUUCCUCCACCAGGUUUUGAUAAAUCUUCCCCAACAUGCCUUGAAUCGUCACCGUGUAAAUCUAUUCCAGCAGAUUUUAUGCCCAUAUUAGUUCUGCAAUUAAAAGCUCCUGAAUAGAAACUUAUUGUUGUUCAGUCCUGCGUAGUUGUUUUACUGUGGCCCUUAUUACCAAUUAUACUUACCAUUAAAGUAAACCUGAUUUAGAAAAACAUGUUACUUAAAGGGGUAUUCCAUACAAGUUAUCGCCAACCUGCAAGAUAGGGCAUAACAUGCUGUUUGGCAGGGGGUGAUCGCUGGGACCUUCACUGAUCUAUCUGGCAAUGUUCGGAAGCUCCAUACAGAAUCAAUGUAGCACUGGCUGCACUCCAUUUAUUCAGAAGACAAUUUUCCUCUGUUCUCUGGAUCAGUGAUCAGACUCCCACUGAUCAGCCUAUUAUCAUCUAUCCUGUGAAUAGGGCAUAACUUUUGGAUUUGGACAUAGCCUUUUAAUCCGAUCUGUGUUUACAUUCAAUAUCAAAGACAAGAUAUACCUGUAUUACAUGUCUGAGUUGUUAAUCUCCUCCUUAAGACUUUAGUUCUUAAAUAAUGUAAAGUGAUGAGGCUUUAGCCCCUCAAUAUGCUCCGUCCAUUGCAGGUACAGAUGGGACAUUUCUUUGGGGGAAUGUCUGUAGAACUUCAUCAAGCUAAAAUAUUUUUAUUCAGAAAUAUUUACAAAAAGAUAGUAAAUUUUACUUGUUUUUUUUAAUUUUACUCUUAAUUACUUACAUUUUUUAGUUUUUUAUGUUUUCAGAUAUUGGGAAAAUCACUACAUUUUCAUACGGUUUGUUAAAUAAAAGUAUUUUUCAAAUAUUUGAACAUGAGUUAUUGAUUCUUGCAUCUGCUCAGCAGUAGGUGACUGUAUUCUUGGUAUGGGGGAGCAAGAGUCAAGAUAUCUAUAAAUCGUAAAAACAAAGACACAAAUUUAGGGGGUUUUACACAAGGCAUUUUAUCCUUUAGCCUUUGCCAGAAGUUGACUGAAAAGGAACGUGAAAUUCACUUCUGGGUUGGGGAAAAAAAAAAAAAAAAAAAUUAUAAUAAUAAUGAAAAACUGGCACAAAAAGCUGUGUUUGAAACCCCCCUUAAGACUAGAUUUUCAUAUGCUAGUGUUAGAGAAAAGAUUGUUGAAAUGAAUUGCACCAUUUCCCGCACCUUCUCUCCCUCUUGUGUUUAUGAGCAGCCAACAAUGAGGGGGCAGCCUGUUACAACAGACAUGGAGACAAGUGUGCUCAUCGGGGGGGCCAUGGCACUGGCACUCCAUGUGAACACGCAAAGGCAGAUUAAUUGUGAAGGAAAUAAGCCCCGAUACUCAACCUAAGCACAGAAAGGGUAAGGGGCUGUGCAAUAAACUGCAAAAGCUAGUAUACAGCAAGCUAUAGAGAUGUGUAGAUCUGCACCACCACAGAAGGACAAAUUAUAGCUGCACAUAUGCAGCCAGCUUCCUUACCUGCCGAACGCCAUAUUUUGUGCCUGUACUGUGUGCACCACUUAUGGCACUUACUACAGAGGAGAACACUUAGGUUUCACAGUUCUUUUUACCUGGUUUACAUUUCAGGUUGGAUGCAAAACGACAGAGUAAGUUAGUAAAUAGACAGACUAACUUUUUCCAUCUCAGCAUGUUAUCCCCUAUCUACACAACUGGAAGAAUUGUUCCCGGAGUGAACGGAGUGUGCUCCAUAUAUUCUGGAAACAAUUUUCUCACAGUUCUCUCACCACAUGUGAGUAGCCAGCCCUCCAUUAAUUCUCAGCCCUCAACAAUGAUCAGAAACCCCACAGACAGAUAACUUAGCCUGGCUACACAUGCACAGAAGAUAAGCACCACUAUAAUCAGAAAAGAAGUUAGCAGUAACUCAUUGCUCCCCAUCUCGUAGAAGUCAUCUGGAAUAUGUUGUACAUAAUUAGACUGGGGGCGAUUUAUUUAGGGGCACAGAUGCAUCCUGGAUUAAAAUAAA